AUGGCUACUGAUCAUAAAUACUCAACACAGAGUAAAUGGCCUAGAAAUACAUUAGUUGUUGUACCAGCAAUAUGGAAAGAAAUCAAUUGGACUAAUCCUUCAAAUUGGUCUUCUUGGCUUCGUGAAGGACUUGAAUUAUAUGCUACUAAACCUCGAACCUAUCAUGUUCAUCUUUAUCAACGUUUUGAUCCAUCUUCGAAAUACCCUUAUAAUUAUCCUUAUUGUAUGAACAUUCGAGAAGAAAGUGGUGUCUAUCUACAAUUUAUUCAUGAUUAUUAUCAUGAUUUACCGGAUAAAAUGUUAUUUAUUCAUGGAAAUCCUUUCGUUCAUACUAAGCUUGAUCCUAUUCAAUCUGCUCUAUGCUUCCAUGACGAUGUUCAAUUUGCUAGCGUAAACGAUAAUAGAGAAUUUAUUAAGAAACGAAGUUGGACAUAUUGGCCUAGAGAUCCAAGUGAUAAUAUUGCGUUGAUGUAUAAAUGUGCUAAACGUAUUCUAUACUCAUUUGGUUAUUUCGCUGAUUCUAUACUAAAUCCUAACGAUCUCAAAAGAAAAGACGAAAAUUUGAUUUCAGCAUUUUGUUGUGCUCAGUUCUAUGUGACGAAAGCACGUAUUCAUCAUUAUACGUACGAACAAUGGGUGAAGCUAUAUGACAUGAUUCGAGAGCCUUAUUGCACAACUCCAACCGAAAAUACCGAUGGGCUAAAAGAUAUUCAAUGGUUUGGAGGAACUCUAGAACAUCUUUGGCAUGUUAUUCUUGGUCUUAGUGAAGUUGAUUCACCACUGCCAAUAGCAAAAACUACUACUGAUCGAUGUCUGUGGCUUCGUCCAUCAUGUCGAGAACGGACUUGCUUUCCAUAA